ACCGGUGCCGUGUCUGCUAGGGGUUUAAGGAUAAACCGGCAACCUAAGAUAAAGAAGGAAACGAACACUCACAAAAGUAAACAAAAACAGUAAUUGUCUGCUAGGGAAAUGGCUUCUCUGUCGACUUGGUGUCGUUACAUUGCUCACAAAUUUGAGUACUCUCUCUCUCUCAGCUACAAGAGCUACAAGGGUGGCAUAAUCAACAAUAAAGAAGUCUAUGAUACAGUAUGGAAAAAUCUAUUUCAGGGAAAGUUGACAUUUUUACACUGGAAUAAAGGACAGGAAAUGGCCCCAACAAUUGGAGACCAAGGGGGGACCCUUCUCGUUCGCAAAUUACCAACUGCUGAUCCAAUGCGUGUUUUUGUUGGAGAUGUAGUGCUUUUGAAGGAUCCUGAGAAGUCAGAUAAUUUUCUAGUCAGAAGAUUAGCUGCUAUUGAAGGGUAUGAAAUGGUGUCUACUGAUGAAAAAGAUGACCCAUUUGUUCUUGACAAGGAUGAGUGUUGGGUAUUGGCUGACAAUGAUAAGUUGAAGCCCAAGGAAGCCAAUGACAGUCGAACAUUUGGUUCAAUUUCCAUGUCAAACAUAGUUGGUCGAGUCAUAUAUUGUCUGCAAACAGCUGUGGACCAUGGUCCUGUACAGAACAGUCAUUUCAGCAUGAGAAAAGAUUCUCCAGUGCUGGAGGUGGAACUCGAUGUUGAAGAGAUGGCAAAGAAUCACAAAGCUUAGAUUGUGCCGGCCAACAGGCUGUAUCGAUUGGUUUGUGCAUGUGUGGCAACCAGAUCGUUGGGUCUUCCUUUGCAGGAAGCUGGCUUUUUUCAACUUGGAGUUUCAACUUUAUCUAGUAUUGCAGUGAUUGUAGUUUGAAAAUCAGACCAGGGAAAGAAAAUGAAAUCUUACUGCUUCCGCCCUUCAUUCUGUUUGUGUUGGGACUCUUUCCAUGCCUUCAUUGCCCCAUAUGAACUUGCUCAGACCUGGUUCUGCGGUUUUAACCAUUGGAUACAUUUUCUAACCUUUAUUUUCAAAUAAAUUUUGGGAUGUUUGUGGAUAUGUCUUCCUGCAGUCUCAUUGUAUUUUACUAUUAUCACAAUCAAGUUGUAGAGAUCAAUUGACUUGUCUAGUUAAUGGACUCCUGUCUUUAACCCUAUUCAGUCUUUGGUAUUACAAGGACACCAUUCAGGUUUGACAGUUCUACUCA